AUGGAACGUAAUGAAGAUGAUCACUUUCCACUCACCUUAAUGGUAGUAGCAAAAAUUGGCAGUGUGCUUUCUAUGAUUGGCGCGUCAAUAACUUUCCUUACGCUAGUCGCUGCAAGAAAACUAAGGAAAAGGAAAAAUAAUCAAGUUAUUGCGAUGUUGUCUUUAAGCUUGAUGGGAACCGCGUUAGUCAACUUUUUGGUUAUGUCUCAGGCUCUCAGCUCUGUUGGCUGUAUCAUGAUUGCCAUGGUAUCGUAUUUCUGCUAUUUGUCAGCAGUUAUUUUGAUGACUAUUUUGGCGAUCCACCUUUACGUCGAAUUAAUCAAAGUCUAUUCCCAGUUUAAUUUCAUAUCAACCAAAUGCAAUAUUCUUCUAGCUUGCAUAUUUGCUUACGGCGUCCCUGCUACGAUAAUAUUUCUUUCGUCCAUCAUCGGAAAAAACAUUUUCGGGAGAAAUUCAGAUAAUGCAUGUUGGCUUCAGGUUGAUACUAUCUCUGGUCUAUUUAUUGUUCCGAUGCUGGUGAUGGUUGGUUCUAAUUUCAUCAUAUUUUUGUUUAUAUAUCGCCAUAUUCGACGAUUAUCCAAUGAAAGAAAAGCAAAAAUGACAACUGCACGAUUACGAGCAUUAUUUUGGAUAGUUAUUGUAUUAGGGUUACCCUGGAUGACAAGUAGUUUAGCUACAGUGCAAUCGGAGAUUGUUUCAAAGAUUUUCACUUUCCUAUUUGUGGUUUUUACCAAUUAUCAAGGAUUUUUUAUGUUUUUCUUGUACUGCUUAUGCAGACAAGAAGUACGUGAAUGGUGGCUCCAAAUUAUUAACAAAAAUGCUUGUCCUAAUAAGUUAAUCAGAAGACAUUCCAAUAUCGUUACGCGCGAUUCUCAUAUUCGAAAUUCUCUUAAUUCUAUUAGCAAAAAAGUUGAAUUGCUUAAUAGCUCGAAAAUACAAACUGAUCGAGCUACAGUUAUGACAAGAACAACAACUGUAGAUAUUGCCGUCAACUAUUUGGCAGUUGGCGUUCUUGACAACGAUCCUGAAACCCAUACAUGCAAUGAUAUUUAA